CAUGAAUUAAGAUUAAUUGGACAAUGAGGGAGAUCCAUAACAAUAAUUUUUAGAAGUAUUAUAUUAAAUUAUAUUAUAUUAGGCUUUUAAAGAGCUAUUGGAAGUACAAAAUUAAAGAAUGUAUAAUGGAAAUGAUAUGCUAAAUUAAUAUUGUCCUCAAUUAUAAUAUCCUGUUAUAUUACCUACUCAAAUUCCAAAUACAUUCAUUGUAUAUAAGCAUUCAAAAUAAAUUAGAUUAAUAUGGGUCCAUAUUAUCCUCAUAUAUAAUAACCUCAAAUUCAUCCAUAGUAGACACAAUAAGCAAGAUUAGCACCAUAAACUUAAUAGAAUUAAAUUCAUAAUCAUUAGAGUAUCAAAGAAGAAGAACAUGAUGAUAAAAAAUAAGCUAAGAGUUGGCUAUAAUAAAGGAAAUGAU